CAAUAGACAGAUUCUCAGUUUCUGAAGGUGGCCUCUUGUGCUUCAAUCUAUGAUUUAUUCUCGAGAUUGGGUAGAUUUCAAAGUGUAAAGAAAGAUGGGACUUCUUGUGCUGGGAAGGUCAUUCAACCUGUUGCAUGAUGAUAAUACUGAAGUUUUGGAUAAUGCGGUUAAUCUGUUAUGCACCUUGAUAGAUUUCUUCCCCUUCACAAUCCAUCGUCAUUAUGACUCUGCCGAAGCUGCAAUUGUUUCAAAAAUAUUUUCAGGGAAGUGUAGUUCUAACAUGCUGAAGAAGCUUGCCCAUUGCCUGGCAUCACUUCCAAAAUCAAAAGGAGACGAAGAUAGCUGGUCUUUACUAAUUCAGAAGAUUUUGUUAUCCAUCAAUAGUCACUUGAAUGAGGCCUUCCAAGGCAUCGGUGAAGAUUCAAAAGGCAUUGAAGUUGUAAGGUUACUGAUUCUACCAGGAAAAGAUCCUCCACCACCUUUAGGUUGUUGUUCACAAUCAGAAGGUUCCUUGGACAAAAUAAAAAAGAGCUCAGAGCGGAUGUUAACAUCUAGUAUUUCAACCUUGAUGGUUUGCUGUUCCACAAUGAUAACAAGUUCAUACAACCAUCAGGUGGCAGUUCCCAUUCGCCCGUUAUUAGCUCUUGUUGAGAGAGUGCUGACGAUGGAUGGUUCUUUGCCACCCACUUCAGUGCCAUUUAUGACAUCUCUGCAGCAAGAAUCAAUGUGUUUAGAACUUCCGGUGCUGCAUUCAGUCAGUUUGGAUCUCCUCGUUGCCAUCAUUAAGAGCCUUCGCAGUCAAUUGUUGCCACAUGCUGCAUCAAUUGUACGACUCAUUGUGAAGUACUUCAAGAAGUGUGUCUCUGCAGAACUGAGAGUAAAAGUCUACGCAGUUGCUAAGUCAUUGAUGACGUCUUUGGGUGUUGGAAUGGCUGCAUCUCUUUCUCGAGAUGUGAUUGACAAUGUACUAGGUGAUUUGAACCCUGUAAAUAAUGAGAGUUCUGAUCCAUCUAAUGUGAAUCCAAAGGACACGCAAAGAGAUUUACCGCAACACCAUAAUAAGAGAAAACGCCCUUCAGUUCCCACUUCCAUGAAAGGGCAGCACGAGAGGAAUGAACCAGAGGACAUUACCAGCAGCUGUAGCUAUACCUCAGUCCACUUGAGGAUAGCUGCACUUGAGGCUUUGAAGACUCUUCUUACAUCGGCUGGUGCUUUGAGAUCUGAAGAAGGAUGGCGUGCAAAAGUUGAACAUCUUUUAAUAACAACUGCAACAUCUUCUCUUCAAUGGCCACGAGCCUCGGACGACACCUUUUUCCAAGCCAAUGAAUCUAUUGAGGUUUGGGUGGAUUAUCAGUUGGCGGCAUUUCAUGCACUACUGGCUUCUUUUUUGUCUGCUGUCCAUGUACGCCCACUGGCUUUGGCUCAAGGUCUCGAGCUCUUUCGUAAAGGUAAACAAGAAAAUGGAACCAAACUUGGUGAGUUUUGUGCCCAUGCUCUCUUAGCCAUGGAGGUUCUAAUACAUCCGAGGGUCCUUCCCCUCUCGGAUUUCUUGCCAUUGCGCUUGAGCUCUCCUGAACCACAAGCUGCCUUUAAAUUCCAGGAAGAUCUGUACUUCAACAGUAACGAUUCUAGGAAAUUGUUGAAGGUCGGCCCGCAAAGCAUGGAGCAGAUGGCCUCCGAGGCUCUAAUUAGUGAUGAUGUGGUAGAUAACAAUGAAAUGACGUAUAGCACCUCAAAUGAUAUUGAAAAGGAGCCCUCUGCAAAUGGCAUAGCGAAUAUAGAAAUGCCCAAGAGAACCGAACAGGCCACUGCAGCAGCCAUCUCAGAAGUAGGGGUUGUAGCGGAAGAUGACGUUGAAUUUGCUAAUGCAAGUAUGAAUAGUUCCCCCAUGUCAUCAAAAUCAGAUAAAAUCGAAGAUUUUGGACGGGAUUCGAGCUCGAAUUUAUUGCUAGAAGAUGACUUUCCUGAUAUUAUUGAUGCAGAUCCUGAUACAGACUAUGAAGAGUGAAAAAGGUAUUGUCAAUCAUUGACUCAAUUUUGUAGUUUUAAGGCUUAAGGGUGUUGUUCAGAACUCAAAAUCAAUUAUUAUUGUUGUGUUCUAUUCAUGUAGCCAUAGAUGGCUUGAACUGAUGAUCGAGAAUGGUUAUGUAUAUAAAAAGGUGAAAGUUAGACAAAUUUCAAAAGCUUUGAUUGCUAGUUUCUGAUAAA